AUAAUUCGUUGCCCACAGACCCUUCUUCUGCUACCAGACGACAACCUUGUCCAUACUGCUUCACUUGUUACGUUCACGUGAGCUUUCCCCGUCUCCGCCCCCUUUUUUCAGACCCGUCUCGGUUGUAACUAGAAGUUUCUACCGUCCUUAAGACUUUUUUUCCAAGUCUGACUCUACGGAUUGCUUACAGUGUCUGUCUGCGACCCCUAACUUCGCCUUCAAUUGCCUGUAGAGUCUGGAACUCUGUUCAGACAUUAUCUGAGAAAGUGCUGCAGAAAGUGGCGACCUGUAGUUUUCCAAAUUGUCUGUGAAGUCGUCUGAAAUUUUUCACAUUUCUUUCAGCAUCUCCAGCUCAUCUCCUAAUAAGUGCUAUUAUUUCCAGCGAACUGAUUGGAUUCUGGGUAUAUUCCGAAUCGCAAAGCUAUCGUUGAAUAAGCGUGAUUUUUUUCAGUAGACACAACUGAAAAUUCGACCAUUACAGGUCAUAGAGAACGAAACAUCGCUGAAAUACCAUUGAAACACAUUGAAACAUCAUAGAAAGCACAGUUUUCAUUCUGAUACCACUGAAUUUAGAGAUCAGCACAUCAUAAACUCAUAAACCUAUAAAUACUAUAUUUCAUCAUGGCUGCCAGCUUAAGAGAAGUUAAGAUUCACACCAAAAGGAAGCUCAACGAGCUUGAGGACAUCACAAACUCUACGCCUUCCAAAACUAGGAAGCACAAGAAGACCAGGAGCCAAAAUGAGAAUCACCACCAUCAUCACCAUCACCAUCAUAAGCUCCAGGCUCCGCCUUCGCCACCCCCUCAACAAAGAUCCCCUUCGCCAACAGAUCUGACUACUUCUUCACCCAAAUCUCGUUCUAAGUCCGACGAAGACGACGAUAAUGAUGUCUUUGACGAACAUAAUGAUGACAACACGUACAAUAACAAUAAUAAUGAUACUAUUAAUACUGAUAUUAAUAUUGACAACGAAGAACAAAUGAUAAAAGUGAAAGAAAAUGAAACUGAAGACUCAGUUUCAGCUUCUACUUUGAAUUCUUCUAUAACUUCAGAAUCGAAGGAAUCUCUCUAUUCUGACCUCAACACAAACCCGGACUACAUAGCCCUCACUGCCAGUCACCGUUUGUUGGACACAACUAAAGACCGGAUCUCGGCCGAAAUCGUGUCGUUGGCAAAGUUGCGAGACUUCCACGCCAAUAACGACAACAGAGAGGAGAUCAUCGACUUCUUCAUGAAGCUUUUGCAUAACGACUUGGACUUGCCCAGCCCUACUCCUGUCGUCAGAUGCCCCCUUGUGGAUUGGUCCAAGUACCACUCCAACUUGGCGGGUGUUUCCAGGGACUUUGAGAACCAGUUGAACCAGUGCGAUAAGAGAAUCGCCAGCUCAACUUCUCUCUACCGGUCCUUGCAUUUGUUUGAUAAAUCCAGCAAGUAAUUGUUGGAGCUAACAACAAAAGACCCUAAUCUUGCCAUCUUUUCCCUUAUUGUGUUACUAUACUUUACGCUCGUUCCUUCUGUUCUUAUCAUAUCCUCAUAUCAUACCAUGCAUGUGCUAAUCAACAUACGGUGUUUCAUCGUUUGUUGAUCGUCGUAUGUUCUUAAUGUCCUUGUUGUUUCUUUGUUUGCUAGCUAGUUUGUUUUCUCGUUGCUGUAACUGUGUUCCAGGAUUGCAAAAUUUAUACGUCUCUUCGGAGAUUGGUUGUUUAUAGUCGCCACAGACGUGGUAUAUAGUUCUCUGUCGUAUCUACUAUUAAUGAAUAUAGAAGUCUCGUUUUUUGACUUUCUCAUAUUGUUAA